AGCGAGGCUGUCCUCUCUCUGCACACUGACCGCAAAGAUCCCCCAAAGCCGGCUUCCAACACCCCCAAUGCAGGAUGGCAUCGGCGGAGGCUCUGGCGGGAAACCACCCCAAAACGCUCUGGAAAAAGCAGGGCUGAAUGCCUGCCUCCAACCUUGGGCACCACCAUGGAGAAAGGUGGCAACAUACAACUGGAGAUCCCGGACUUCAGCAACUCUGUCCUGAGCCACCUCAACCAGCUGCGAAUGCAGGGCCGUCUCUGUGACAUCGUGGUCAAUGUGCAAGGCCAAGCUUUUCGGGCCCACAAAGUGGUGCUAGCCGCAAGUUCCCCCUACUUCCGGGACCACAUGUCCUUGAACGAGAUGAGCACCGUCUCCAUCUCUGUCAUCAAGAAUCCCACUGUUUUUGAACAGCUCCUUUCCUUCUGUUAUACUGGGAGGAUCUGCCUGCAGCUGGCCGACAUUAUCAGCUACCUAACAGCUGCCAGCUUCCUGCAGAUGCAGCAUAUCAUAGACAAGUGCACACAGAUCCUGGAGGGCAUUCAUUUUAAAAUCAGCGUGGCUGAGGUGGAAGCAGAAUUAAGUCAGACUCGGACAAAACACCCCGAGAGACCCCCAGAGUCUCACAGAGUCACACCAAAUCCAAACCGAUCCCUGAGCCCAAGACAUAAUACCCCCAAGGGCAGCCGACGGGGUCAUAUGAGUGCAGUGCUAGAUAUCCGGGAACUCAGUCCUCCUGAGGAGUCCACCAGCCCUCAGAUCAUUGAACAGAGUUCUGAUGUGGAGAGCCGGGAACCCAUUCUCCGGAUCAACCGAGCAGGACAGUGGUAUGUGGAGACAGGAGUUGCUGACCGAGGAGCCCGUAGUGAUGAUGAAGUCAGGGUUCUUGGAGCUGUGCACAUCAAAACAGAAAACCUGGAGGAGUGGCUGGGACCUGAGAAUCAGCCUUCUGGAGAGGAUGGGAGUAGUGCAGAGGAGGUCACAGCCAUGGUGAUUGAUACCACAGGCCAUGGUUCUGUAGGACAGGACAGUUACACUCUAGGAUCUUCAGGAGCCAAGGUAGCUCGGCCAACAAGCAGUGAAAUUGACAGAUUUAGCCCCUCCGGCAGUGUUCCUUUGACGGAGAGACACAGAGCCAGAAGUGAGUCUCCUGGGAGAAUGGAUGAGCCUAAGCAACCAAGCUCCCAGGUAGAAGAAUCAGCGAUGAUGGGAGUGAGUGGCUAUGUGGAGUAUCUCCGGGAACAGGAGGUAUCUGAACGAUGGUUCCGGUACAACCCCCGGCUCACCUGCAUCUACUGCGCCAAAUCCUUCAACCAGAAGGGGAGCCUAGACCGCCACAUGCGCCUGCACAUGGGGAUCACUCCGUUUGUCUGCCGCAUGUGUGGCAAGAAGUAUACUCGGAAAGACCAGUUGGAGUAUCACAUUCGUAAGCACACAGGCAACAAACCCUUUCACUGUCACGUUUGUGGCAAAAGCUUCCCCUUCCAGGCCAUCUUGAAUCAGCACUUUCGCAAGAACCACCCUGGCUGUAUUCCUUUGGAGGGGCCUCAUAGCAUAUCCCCUGAAACAACUGUCACAUCUCGAGGACAGGCUGAGGAAGAGUCUCCUUCACAGGAAGAGACAAUUGCUCCAGGGGACACUGCCCAGGGGUCUGUGUCUACCACUGGGCCAGAUUGAAACGUGGAGGGGGAGGGGGUACACCCUCUUCCCCUUUGGACGGUAAGCUGCCAGCAUCAGGGCCAUAGGCUAGUAUUAAGAUUCUCGAAAUGCCACAUCCUUCAACCGGAAGAUGCUCCCCAGCUGUUGUCUGACUAAAGGGUCAGCAACAUCCACAAAGCACUGAAGGCUCUGCCUCACCUCCUGCCACCCCUCCUCACUUUGGAAAAUCAUAGAGCAAAUCAAUUUUCUAAUUCAGGGAUCAACAGCCUUGGUUUGUUAACUUUAUAAGAGAAAUUUUUUU